GGUUCAGGGUUCAGGGUUCUUUUCACCCUCGUCGAUUCUUUGUUUGCGCUGCUCCCAAAUCCGUUCUCUAAUCCUCGCUUUCCCGGUCCUCUCUUCGCGUUCCUGCCUGAGACGGGAUCGAUCAACCACCGCGGCACUCCUUUCUGCUCUCUUCCUCGAACCAUUCCCACGAUCCUCAUCUCGUCGCAUCGUGGCAUCUCUCUGAUCCUCUGAUUCUCGUUAAAUCUGCUUUGCACACCAUUGCCGACUAAUGGCAGCGAGAAAUUUAGGUGGCCAUGAGUUUUUAUACGUGGGUGUGCUGUAGGUGAUCGUUUGAGCUUGUUGGUAUGGAAGGGGAGGGUGAUUCACAAGUCAUUAAGCCGAUUAAUAAGGCGGUGGUUCAUAGAAUUUGUUCGGGGCAAGUGAUCUUGGACCUCUCGUCUGCUGUUAAGGAGUUGGUCGAGAAUAGCUUAGAUGCUUGUGCAAGCAGUAUUGAGAUAAAUCUGAAGGAAUAUGGCGAGGAGUACUUCAAAGUUAUCGACAAUGGUUGUGGUAUCUCCCCUCAAAAUUUUCAGGCCCUUGCCCUUAAGCAUCAUACAUCUAAGAUAUCAGAAUUUUCUGAUCUUCACUCCCUGAGAACUUUUGGCUUUAGAGGGGAAGCACUGAGCUCCCUUUGUACCUUGGGGAAUUUGAUUAUUGAAACAAGAACAAAAAAUGAACCACUUGGUACACAUUUAAUCUUUGAUCAUUAUGGUUUAGUGACAGCUGAAAAGAAGAUUGCACGACAGGUUGGAACCACUGUGACCGUUGAGAAGUUAUUCUCCACUUUGCCAGUGCGAAGUAAGGAAUUCAGCAGGAAUAUACGACGAGAAUACGGAAAGCUUGUUUCUUUAUUGAAUGCAUAUGCCCUAAUCGCUAAGGGUGUUCGAUUGCUUUGCACAAAUACAACUGGAAAAAAUUCGAAGUCCAUGGUACUGAAAACUCAAGGAAGCAGUUCAUUGAAAGAUAAUAUCAUAACUGUAUUUGGUCUAAGUACCUUGCAGUGCUUAGAGCCACUGAAUUUAUGUGUAUCAGAGGGUUGCAAAGUUGAAGGCUUUCUUUCUAAGUCUCGAUAUGGUAGUGGUCGUAAUUUAGGAGAUAGGCAAUAUUUUUAUGUAAAUGGCAGACCUGUAGAUAUGCCAAAGGUUGGUAAACUUGUAAAUGAAUUGUAUAGAUAUUCAAAUUCCAAACAGUUUCCCAUCGCAAUCUUGAACUUUAUCAUACCAACCACAUCGUAUGAUGUCAAUGUUACUCCUGAUAAGCGGAAAAUUUUCUUUUCUGAUGAGGAUGGCCUUAUGCUCUCCCUGAGGGCAGAGGUUGAGAAGAUAUACUGUCCUCAUCACUGCAGUUAUACUGUUAAUAUGAUUGAAAAGCCUGAGAAAGAAGCACAUACAUCGCAAGUGGUUGCUUCAGAGGACAAAAAUCCUUUAUCAGCAUCCAAGGAAUUAUCUCCUGAAGAUGGUGUGUGCAGUCAAGUAUUUUUUAAAGACAAUUCUCCAAAGAUCCUGCAAGUUAAAGAGUUAGAUGAGGAAAAAGGAAUUCUCCUUAAUGAAAAAAACUCUAUGCCAGAAAAAGUGAAUACUAGUUUAUGUGAAAUGAAGGAUUCUGGAAGUCCUUCUGCGCAUGCCCAUCAAUUUCAGCACUCAAGUGACUUUCACGAGCCAAAGAUCGAUGAGAUGGCAAUAAAUCAUUUUAGACUAGAAAGGAAUAAUAAUUCUACUCGUUCAAAUCUUGUUCAGUCUUCUCUUACAAAUUUUGUUUCUCCAAACAAGAGGAAACAUGAGAAUUGUUGCAAAGUAUUGUCUGAAGUACCUGUGUUGAGACAUGAAACACCUUCCUGUCAAGUCAGGAAAACCAGUUCAGCUAUGCGGACUUCAGUCUCAGAAUCCCAUCAGUAUGUUCCUGAAGAUGAUUCACCUGGAGCCAAUACAAUAGAGUUGCUAGAAUGCCAAGUACCACCUGAUGUCUCUAAUAAAGAGGAAAUCUCCUUUUCCGGCGAACGUGAUUUUCAUGAUAGAGGAUCUCAUGAGUCAGAUUCAGAAAUGCAGGAUGUGCCUAUAUCACCUGCUGAUGCUACAGUAUGUUCUGAUGAAGAUUUAAAAGUGAAGUCAGAAAAUAUAUCAAGCUUACCACCAUCAUCUGAAUCACAUGAUGAAAAAUAUGAUACUAUAAAACCUUGUUCUACUUCAAAAGGUUACACUGUUUUGCAAUUCAGGAUGGAUGAUCUUAGAAGGAAGACACAGUUGAAAUUUAUGAAAUUGCAUUCUAGCAAACAGUCCGAUGACAGAAGUCACAGAACAAAGAUGGGAAGCUGCUAUACUGCUGCAACACUUGAAAAUUCUCAACCAGAAAACAAUGAGGGAAAAGCAGAAUCUUUGGCUGCAGCUACUAGCGAGUUGAAUAGAUUGUUCAAAAAAGAAUAUUUUGGGCAAAUGCAGGUCAUUGGGCAGUUCAAUCUUGGGUUCAUUAUUGGAAAGAUAGAACAAGACUUGUUUAUUAUAGACCAGCAUGCUGCAGAUGAAAAAUAUAAUUUUGAACGACUCUCACAAUCAACCAUCUUGAACUUACAGCCCCUACUUAAGCCAAUGAGGUUGGAAUUAUCACCGGAGGAGGAAGUUGUAGCUUCCAUGAAUAUGCAAAUAAUUAGAAAGAAUGGUUUUACCUUGAUAGAAGACAUGCAUGCAUCACCUGGUCAUCGAUUCCUACUAAAAGCUGUACCAUUUAGUAGAAACAUCAUUUUUGGAGCUGAAGAUGUCAAGGAGCUUAUUUCUAUUCUUUCUGAUAAUCAAGGUGAGUGUGGAGUAAUGGGAUGUUACAAAAUGGACACUUCUGAUUCUGUCUGUCCAUCAAGAGUCCGUGCUAUGUUAGCUUCACGGGCUUGUCGAACAUCUGUAAUGAUUGGUGAUCCAUUGACAAAAAGUGAGAUGCAGAAGAUACUACGGAAUUUGGCGGAUCUUAAUUCACCUUGGAAUUGUCCACAUGGUAGGCCAACAAUGCGGCAUCUGGCAGACUUGGCUGCUAUUGGCUAUGUAAGGUUGAAAAGAAAUGAUGUUGAGUCAAUCAUUUAACUACACUCUUACCACAUCAAUGCUGUACUAUAAUGGUAGCUGUGCCACAGAAUGUGCCUGGGCGUCUACGUCUGUCUCACUCAACGGGGACUAAUGAUAGAAGCAUUGCAUCCUCCGCAAGGAUUUGAAGUACGUCAUUGAGUGGCAUUUGCUUUUAUCAAUAUUUUGGAUGAUACAACCAGGUUUUUUUUGGCCAUUUUGAUAGCUGGCUUGCUGCCAAAUCAAUAGUUUUGCAGAUCCUGUGAUCAGAUAUGGGCGGUCUUAAGGUUUUUUUCUUGGCUCUGAGAUCCAAGUUAAUGAGGCACCCCAACAAGCACAUUUAUAGAAUCUGAAGGUGUAUACACUCCUGGCUUGUAUCACCAGCAUCCGACAACAUCAGAAUUGUAACUUAUAUGUUUAUAUCCUGCUUGAACAAGAUUAAUUCCCAUCAUCCUGAAUGAUUGCAAGAGGCCAUUUAGCAGGUCUUUGUAGUUACAACUUCUAUUCUCGUAAUAUCAAUUUUUUCUCUCA